CAGCACCUUUUUUCUUACAUGCCUCUGUUUUUCUUUUAGUGGCAAAGCAUUUCUAUAACACUGGUUGAGAAAGUUCAGAUGAUUGCUGUAAUCCUAGGAUCCCUGUUCUUAAUAGCAAGUGUGACCUGGCUCCUCUGGUCAGCCUUCAGCCCCUAUGCAAUGUGGCAGAGGAAGGACAUCCUUUUUCAGAUCUGCUAUGGAAUGUAUGGUUUUAUGGAUCUAGUGUGCAUAGGUCUCAUCGUCCAUGAAGGAGCUGCAGUUUACAGAGUAUUUAAGCGCUGGCGAGCUGUUAAUUUACACUGGGAUGUAUUAAAUUAUGACAAAGCCUCGGACAUCGAAGAAAGUAGCCGGGGAGAGUCUUCCACAAGCAGGACUUUAUGGUUGCCAUUGACGGCGCUGCGGAACAGGAACUUGGUCCACCCAACACAGUUGACCUCCCCAAGGUUUCAGUGUGGCUAUGUGUUACUACAUCUGUUCAAUCGAAUGAGGCCCCAUGAAGAUUUGUCAGAAGACAACAGCUCAGGGGAGGUUGUGAUGAGAGUAACUUCAGUGUGACAAAGUUAAGAAGGUGCAGUGUGGACCACCCUGUGCAUCUUGGAAUGUAAUUGCAAUCAAUGAAAGGCAAAACCAUAGCACUUCUAAAAACACACAUCUAUGAACUUUUUAAAAUUUAUGCUUUUUAUAUGAACAUUUGAAUUGCAAAUACAUUUUUCUGAAAAAAAAAAAGUUCUCCUGUUCUUU